AUGGCGACGUACUCGACCGAUCCGGCGUUGUACAUCUACACGUCUCUGACAGCGGGCUCGUCGCACAUUGUCACUGCCACGUCGCGCCUCGAGACGAUCCUGCGAGCGAACCGCGUGCCCUUCAAGGCCAUCGACAUCUCCACCGAUGACAAGGCUCGCAUGCUCUGGGGCCGCCGCGCCGGAAAGGACGAGAAUGGCAGGGCGAGGAAGUUUCCCGCGCUGGUCCAGGAGGGCAUCGUUCUGGGAGGGGGAACCAACCAGGACAUUGUCGAGAUCGAAGAGUGGAACGAGUACGGCGAGCUGAAGCAGCACAUCAAGAUCUACUACGAUGAGACCACCAUUCCCGACAUCAACCACAAGUACCCGGAGCCGGUCAAGAAGAAGAAGACGGUCAAGAAGUCAGCCGCCGCCGCUGCUUCUGCCGCUGCCGAGGUGUCUGCUGCUGCUGCGGCUCCACCGCCGCCUCCCCCUGGCCCUGCUCCCGAGAACAAGGUUGGAUCGAGCGCCGCGUCCAUUAAAUCGUCGUCAACUCCAAGGGCCAGCAUCGACACCGUCCGGUCAGUCAUGUCCGUUGCAGAUGAGGCAGCGCAGAAGGCCAAGGAGCUUCGCCUGAACGCUCUGCGAAAGAAGGUGCACGGAGACAAGAAGGAGGAGCCAAAGGAAGAGGCGGCCAAGGUUGAGGAGACCAAGGCUGAGGAACCAAAGGCUGAAGAGACCAAGGAGCCGGAGGUGGAGCAGAAAGAGAAAACGGACAAGAAGGACAAGGAAGAUGUCAAGGACGAGAAGGAGAACGACAAGGGGCUUGUCAAGGAAGACCAAAAGGCAGCGGAUGACGCUCAAAAGGAUGACGUCCUGGACGAGAAGCCCGUGAAGGAAGAGCCCGAACUUGAAUCUGGGGUUAAGGAGGACGAAAACGAGUCUCAUGAUCACGAAAGCGAGCCCGAACAUGAGGAACACGAAGAACUUGAGGAAGUCAAGGAAGAAGAUGAAGAGGGCAGCAGCAACGAACGCAGUAAUGAUGACGAUACCACCGACAACGACAUUGAUGAGAAGGCGGAGGCACACAAGGAAGACGAGACCGAGCAGACCGUCACCACGUCCCAGCCCGCCCCGGAGCCUUCCCCAGACGCCACGGCCAAGCCGGACGAGACGGGCGACAAGGAAAAGGGCAAGAAGUCCAGCGCCGAAAAGGGCAAAAAAAAAACUUCUUUUUCUUCUUCUGCUUCUAAAGAGGAAAAGCUCCGAGACAAGGAUCAGGACAAGACAAAGCCCGCCUCGAAAACGUCAACCAUCGCUUCGUCUGCCAAAAAGCCUGCCUCGUCUCUACCCUCGGCCAAGAAGCCAGCCGCCUCCUCAUCUACUUCCUCCUCCUCCACCACCACCCGAAAGCCCUCAUCUACAUCCACAACCUCCUCAGCACACGGCGAGGUCUACGUCUACGACAAGAACUCCCUCGACAGCGAGGUCCACCUCGACAACGAGAACCCCUUCUACGGCAAGGUCCACCUCAACAACAAGAACGCCUUCCACGGCAAGGUCUACCUCAACGACAAGAACGCCGUCCACAGCCAGAUCUACCUCAACAACAAGGGCCCCAUCAACAGCAAGGUCCACAUCAACAACAAGAACCCCGUCAGCAGCGAGGUCAACGUCAACAACAAGAACCCCGUCAGCAGCGAGGUCAACGUCAACAACAAGAACUCCUUCAGUAGCGAGGUCCACAUCAACAACAAGAACAUCCACCGUCGCUCGGUCUUCGUCAGUAGCAACGCGGUCUUCGUCCACGGCGAGAUCAAGCUCAACGACAAGGACACCCUCGUCGACAGCGAGAUCCUCUUCAACCACGCGAAAGGUGUCUUCCUCUGCAACAACAUCAGCAGCAGCACCGGCCUCGCCUUCGUUGACACGGAAACCUACUACCACUUCUUCUUCGUCGACGCGAUCUUCGUCGACGACGCGGAAACCCGCUGCUUCUUCCACUUCAACAGCAACCUCGUCUGCCAAGAAACCCUCUAG